UCUUACCUCCAUCAGAUCAAAGAAUUGAACUUAGACAUGUGUGCGUGUGGCAAGGAACAAGAGACAGUCGCACACUUUCUCUUUAGAUGCGGCAAAUGGACAAGUUACCGGCAAAAUAUGCUUCGAUGCAUGGACACAAGAAGAGGAAAUUUGUCAUUAUACUUGGGAGGUAAGUCAGCGAAAUGGAAGCCAAACAUGGCUGCGGUACAUGCUACUGUGCGCUUUGUGAUGGCCACCGGUGGUCGUCUCGACAACUAA